AUGAGCUGGGUUUUCCAUCGGGUCGCUAAAUGUGUUGAGAUUGGUCUGCCUGAACUGAUCCUCCUGGUGAUAUUUGCUAUGUACCUGCCCCAUACUAUACAUAUGAUGAAGUCUAUCUUCGACCGGUUUGCUGUUCUAUUCACUAUUCCCAUAGUGUGGCUCUAUGCAUAUCUGCUGACGGUUGGAGGAGCUUACAGGAAUGUUUCACCAAAGACCCAAUUUCAUUGCCGCACUGACCGCUCUGGUCUAAUUGGUGGUGCCCCCUGGAUAAGAGUACCAUAUCCCUUCCAGUGGGGUGCUCCAACUUUUGAUGCUGGCGAAGCUUUUGCCAUGAUGGCUGCAUCAUUUGUUGCUCUGGUGGAGUCUACUGGUUCCUUCAUUGCUGUUUCAAGAUUUGCAAGUGCCACACCUCUCCCACCCUCUGUACUUAGCCGUGGUGUUGGCUGGCAGGGUGUUGGUAUCCUUCUGGAUGGGCUAUUUGGAACUGGAAAUGGAUCUUCUGUAUCGAUUGAAAAUGCUGGGUUGCUAGCCUUGACACGUGUUGGUAGCCGAAGAGUAGUGCAAAUAUCAGCUGGUUUUAUGAUAUUCUUCUCUAUCCUUGGAAAAUUUGGAGCUGUCUUUGCAUCAAUACCUGCACCCAUCUUUGCAGCCCUCUACUGCGUCUUCUUUGCAUACGUUGGUUCUGCUGGGCUUGGCUUCCUUCAGUUCUGCAAUCUCAAUAGCUUCAGGACAAAGUUCAUCCUUGGGUUCUCUGUGUUCAUGGGCUUUUCAGUUCCACAGUACUUCAACGAGUACACGUCCGUUGCGGGGUUCGGCCCUGUGCACACGCGUGCAAGAUGGUUCAACGACAUGGUGAAUGUGCUGUUCUCGUCCAAGGCUUUCGUUGGUGGCAUUGUUGCAUACGUGCUGGACAACACGCUACACAGGCAUGACGGCGCUGUCAGGAAAGACCGCGGAUACCACUGGUGGGACAAGUUCCGGUCGUACCGGACCGACACAAGGAGCGAGGAGUUCUACUCCCUGCCGUUCAACCUCAACAAGUUCUUCCCCUCGGUUUGA